AUGGCGAAGACCCAGCACCAACAGGGGCUGCCUAAGUUUAGCGGUGCCCUAGACAAGUUCAAGUACGAAGAAACCACGCCGGAGAUUGGACGCGAGUAUCCCAAUGUGAACAUUGUCGAUGAUCUCUUGAACGCUGAAAAUGCGGACGAGAUUCUUCGCGAUGUCGCGAUUACUAUCUCUCAACGCGGUGUUGUCUUCUUCCGUGCACAGAACAACCUGACCAACGAACUACAAAUGGAGUUUGUGAACCGGCUGGGCCGCUCUGUCGGCAAGCCUGAGUCUUCAUCGGUUCACAUCUUCCCACUUGCACCGGCACAUGUUCCAGAAGGCGGAACGGGCGACCGACACAUCAGUUACGUCAACUCGACAGCUUUCAAGUACAUGUUCGAGAAGAUGCCGAACAUGGACAAGCGCCGUUUUGACGCUGCUGAGUGGCACACGGACAUUCAGUUCGAACCCGUUCCGGCAGACUAUACAUCACUGCGUGUCCACAAGCUACCUGAGUCCGGCGGUGACACUUUGUGGGCAUCAGGCUAUGAGCUAUACAACCGUCUGUCCAAGCCGUAUCAAGACUUCGUGGAUGGCUUGACUGUGACAUGCCGUGCCGACUGCGUGCUCAUGGCCAUGCAGCGCAAAGGCGAGCAGAUUGAAGAGGGUGAAAGAGGCAGUCCCCUGAACGUCGGUCGUUCCCUGACAGCAGUCCACCCUGUUGUACGAACGAACCCGGUGACUGGCUGGAAGAGUAUCUACUCUGUCGGUCAGUUCUCGAAGCGUAUCAACGAGGUCAACCAGUAUGAGUCGGACGAGCUCCUCAAGAAAUUCUACGGCAUGAUUCAGGACAACCAUGAUUUGCAGGUCAGGUUCAGAUGGAGGAACCCCAAUGACAUUGCAAUCUGGGACAACCGUAGCACCUUCCACCGGGCAACCUUCGACUAUCUCAAUCUUGGUGAGCGGGCUGGCAACCGUGCCGUAGGCAUUGGGGAGGCCCCUUACUUUGAUCCCCACAGCAAGUCACGAGCCGAGGCUUUAGGGGUCAAGAAAGCAGAGGAAACGACCAAGAUGGCCAGCGGAGGUCACAUGGCCCAUGGACAUCACAUGGCUACGGGACAUCAUGCAACUAACGGGCACCAUGCGUCUAAUGGACAUCAUAUGGUUCACUAA